UGAUUCUGCUAAAUAGUAAAUUAGAGUCUUGUCCAGAAUCCUUGGUCACCGCUCUGUUUUUGGUAUUGUCCUGGAUAUGUUCCAAAAGACUGAGUGAAUGCUUUGUUUAAUUGCCUCUACUGUGUGCUUUAUUUAUAGGUUUGUGUGAUUGAAAGUGUGCCGUGGUAUGACGACUACUAACAAGGGAAACAAGGCCUUAAAGGUGAAGCGGGAGCCAGGUGAAAAUGGAGCCAGUCUCACAGAUCAGGAGCUCGUCUCGAUGUCCGUUCGAGAACUGAACCAGCAUCUGCGGGGCCUAACCAAAGAGGACAUCAUCCGGCUGAAGCAGCGUCGCAGAACACUCAAGAACCGUGGCUACGCGGCCAGCUGCCGUGUCAAGAGGGUAACUCAGAAGGAGGAAUUAGAGAAGCAGAAAGCAGAACUUCAACAGGAGGUAGAGAAGCUGGCAUCUGAGAAUGCCAGCAUGAAAUUAGAGCUGGAUGCCCUGCGAUCCAAGUAUGAGGCCUUGCAGAGCUUCGCCAGGACCGUGGCCAGAGGACCCGUCAUGCCGGUUAGAGGUCCUAUCACCUCUGCCAUUGGCCCCAUUAUGCCAGGCAAAGUGGCAACCACCAGUGUCAUCACAAUAGUCAAAUCCAAAACCGAUGCAAGAUCUUAGUACAUACUGCUGUAGACACAGGCCAGAGCCAAACUAGUUUGUAGUAAAACUGGUCAAUUCAUGGAGUUAAACACGAGGUUUUUUUAAAAAAAAAAUCCACCUCUUUCUGUCCCAGAUGAAUGUUUUAAAUACAUUUUUCCACAGGAAGAAAGCGACCACAGGGCUGUGGCAACAUGAUGAAUAAGCAAAGUUAGAAUGGUCAACCUCAUUUGAUCAUAGCAACUAAAACUUGAGUUUGGUAACAAUGUUUAGGGCCUUAAUUUGUCCAUCUCUAUCACAAUUCCUGUAAAGGUCUCCAGUUUUAACUGAACUGUGUGAAAUCAAAAUGAGUAGAAAGUUCGAUAUUUAUUUAGGCACCAAAUUCACAUUGAGUACCAUAACAUAGCCACAAAUGAAUAAAAUGGAGACCUUCUUUGACUUGGAAGACCUUGCCGCAUGACAGUAUUUCACACAGAUCAAACCAUGGUGGCUCCACUGCCUUCCUAAAGGCCAAGCUCAUUGAUUUUUCUGUAACUUGAGCAAACUUUGCAAAAAAAAAAAUCCUGCAUUUGGAUGAAGUGGCAUCAUGACAUGUUUUAAGCAUAUCCCAACAUUGUAUGGUGCUGUAGUAGUUGAAUCAAUUGCAUUGUAAAAUGGUCUGUCAGUACAACAAUUUUUUUUAAAUUGGAGGUAUUUAUUUCUUAUUUCAAAUCUUGUGGCUAACUUUGUGCACUGACCAGUUAACAGCUUCUCAUAUUCAUGCACAUCUGAACACGGUGUACCGUAUCACCAUGGAGUAAGGUAGUUCAAAUGACCUGUUCAUAUGGUUAAGUAUUCCUUUCUAUUCAUAUACUACUCGGUCUUUCUUGACAAAUUUAUAGCACAAAUUAGAAAUUUUGAUUUUAAUUUGUUACAUUUCUUUUUAAAAAAAGACCAAUAAUUAUUGGAAGACAAUGCACAGCAUUUAAAAAUGUACAGAGAUGGGAGGAAGCAGAAUUAAUAGCGCCCUUUGUAACACUAUAUGCUGUUACAGCAACCAUGCCAUCUGCUUGUUACUAUACAAUGAUGGCAGUGGAAUGUCAGACUGUACAAUAAGCUUUUGAUUAUUUGAAAUGUGCGGUCUUCAAAUCAAAGCUUAAUUCUUUGUGGUUUUGGAUUCUUCAAAAUGGACAGCUUCUGAUAACCCAAUCUCUAACUCUGAAUCUUUUUUAUUUAUAGUUUAUUAAUUUGUGUCGUGUAUAAUUGUUGAAUAUCGUACAGAUAGAGCUCAAACGUCUGGUGUUUAAAAGUUUAAAAGUUUACAGAGUUAGUGAAAUGUUUUCCACAACAUGGUGUUUAAUCAUACACAUUGUGGUGAGUGAAUGUUCAGAUUACCACUGAUAUUAGGUGGUAAAAGAAAAGCAACAAUCUAAGCACCGAAAGAGACAACACUAUUUCAGCAAAAAGAAACCCUGUUAGCUGUACGGUUUGCUUUUCAGAAAAAGGUUUAACCCUCUCUGACUGUCGUAAGUUAGAUGUGGAGAGUUGGCUCAUUGUUUGUUCCUGCUGACUAGAACUAGCUGCUUGUUCCACCUCCCACUCCCAUUUCUCUCUCCUCAGCCAAUGAAAAUGACUAUUGAACCUUUACAGAUGUUUGAAAUUGCUUCUAAAAAGCAAGUGUGAGUAGAAGGGGCUGAUUAACCAUAUGAAUGAAAAAUUAUUCAGAGAAUCUUUGAUAGUAAAAGUUCCUCUUUAGUGUAUGUAUACAAAGUAUCUUUGUCAACAUGUAAGGGUAUUCGAGUUUAAUUUUUAUAAGUACACAGAUUAUCAUACAAUAUUUAUAUACAAAAAAUUACAAAAAAAUUGUUUAAUAGCUUUUACAGAUGUUUCUAGAGUGGCUUAUUGAAAUCAAUAGCUUUCUAGUGAAUCAGCGUGUCAAGUGGAUCUGGGGUGAUGUAUCUGUGAUGUGUUAAUAUGCAGUUUAGUGUUAUUUUACAGUUGUUUAGUUCUGUAUUUAUUUGUGUGUGAGCACAAUGGGGUUUUUUUGUUGUGUGCAUCUUUUUCCAUACUUCCUCUUCCACACUUGCUGCACAUGUGAAUUUAGAAAAAAAUGCAACAAACUUCAAGGGGGUGUGUGAACCUCAAGUUCAGUUUGAUCAGCAGUCUCUUCUGAAAUACUCUUUGGCUCAUCUUAACCAAACCAGGAAUACUAAACUAUUGCACAGCAUCUAAUGUUAACCGUUUGAGAUCUGUAUUUGCUCUGCAGAUUUUAAAAAUACGGGGGAUGAAUUCAUGAUGAACCUUGAAUUCCUUGAGAUCUUUUUUGUUGGCUUGUAUGCUGCUGUCAUCUCCAAAGUGUCCCCAUGUUGUAUCCUCUGAACUUUGUAUUAAUUUGUACACAUUUACUGCCAGCACAAACUAAGGGAUUUGUUCUUUAGUUGUAUUGAAGUAGAAUAUAUAUUACAGUACAAAGAUUUGGAAAUGCAAAAUAUAUUCAGUGUCUAAUGUAAUUUUUUUUGUUGACUGUGUAAUCAAAGGUGCUGUUCAAUUGUUGAGCUGUUAUUGGAUUUGCUGAUUGUUCACUGUUAACCUGAUGUUUGGUCUGAAAUACAAUUCUAUUUGGCUAAACUGCAUAUAUGACUUGGUUUCUCGCGCACCUCUAUCUAAUUGUGAUAUUGUACUUGUAGAAAAUGCUGUUCUACACAAUUGUUUUCAGUAAGAAAAAACUUAUUUUUAUUGUCAGAAACAAUUUCUAUCUGUGCCAAAAAGGGCUGUGCAAAACACCCUCAGCAUCUCAACACAACCUGGCUUUUGAUGUACCCAACAACCCGCUUAACAUUUACCAAGAAGUCUUGGUUAAAAUCCCCGUCCAUCCUAUUAAAACAAAAUUUAUAUUUUGUCCUAUAGCGAUCUGUUAAUUUAUGCAAACCUUGAGGAUCACGUAGGAUUUUUGAAUGAGAUGGUGUAACUUUGUACUUUUAGUUUUUUAACUGCAGAACCGAGUUACAAGGCUGCACAAUAUAUUUGCAAAACGUUCCAUCCCCACAUUUAGGCCAUACUGUAUAGAUGCCAGUUUGAGAUGUUGAGUGUUUGGUGCCGACAUCAUGCCUGCCUUUGGCCAGCUUUAGUGCAAUGUGUAGAUGUUUUGAAUAAUGCAUAAGCUGUGUUGCGAUUAAGUAAUCACGUGAGGACACAGCGGCUUAUCGCUAGAAAUGAAGUUCAAGUCUAAUCUUCUGGCAAUGAGCAUAUUGUUGAAUGUGGAAUCAUACAGACAGGUGUUAAGUGAGAACAAAUACUUAACAGUCUUCAGUUUUAAUUGCUUUUAACACUAACUGCUGUGGUCAAAAAUACCUGAUUCUGGAAGACUUUUAAACUUAAACAUGACUUCCAUGCUUAAACUGUAUGCCUAUUGUUCAAUCGCAGUAGUUUUAAAAGCUGAUUUGAAACGAAUGUCAAAGUAUUGUAAUUAAAUUUCUAUAUUUGUGAGUUUUUUCCCUUCCUUCACUUAAACUUAGGAUGUGUUUUAUCCAUGUUUGUAAAUACCCAUUUGAUUUUGAAUUGUGCAAGCCUAUUUUUUUCAAAUCCAGUUGGAGAAGUAGAAUUCUUAUUUUUUAACCACAAUAUUUGAUUGCACAAUGCCAGCAAGGGUUGGUUCUAAGAAACAAAAUGUUUCUGGUGGGAAAUGUACAAUUUCAUAUAUUUGAGGGGAAGAGGGCACGAACAAUAAUCCUGCAGCAACAUAGCAUUAUAAUCAUAUUUGAAGCAGGAGUCUUAUUUCAGAGAAAAGGAAAUUGCACUAGAACUACAGUUUGCAGGAGGGGGGUGUUGAUUUAUUUCGCAUGGUGCUUAGAAUGCAUCAACUCAACAUUUUUAAACGGAGGCAAUGUACUCUAUGCUGAUCAUCAGGAAAAAGGGGGUACCUGAGGCAUAGGUUUCUCAUGCUAUUGGAGUUAAAGGAAAAAUACUAUUUUGAUAAUCACCUUUUCACAGAAGGCAUUUUGUAUACAAAUCGAUCAAUAUAUAGCGAGUAGGUUUUAAAAAAAAAAUAAAUCCCCUCCAUGUUCAGAAAAUUACAAGAAUAAUAACUGAAGCCUUGUUCUGAUUCCCAUUCAGAUGCUGUGGUGAUUUGUUUUUCUCUGUUCUUUAAUGCUGUCAGCCUGUGACGUUUACUCUGUGAAUAGUGUAAGUGCUUGUUUUAGCAAGUGCUUUGUAUGUGAGGUGUGUGGCGUACAUGUGUACGGCUUGGUGACUGUUGUCAAGUGAGGUUCUUCAAAUAUGCAAGCAGCAAUUGGUGUCCAGGCCAACAGUGUUCGAAUAGUGCCCCACAGAUAGCAAGGGUGACUACUUAUCGUGCAAAUAAUGUGUUAAUAUAAGGGCUAAAUAGUUAUUUGUGUUACAGGAGUAUCAGAGAGUGUGUGUGUGUGUGUGUGUGUGUGUGUGUGUGUGUGUGUGUGUGUGUGUGUGUGUGUCAUUGUGUUCAAAGUUAUAGACUGGAGUAAUACAUGCUAAUGGUCAUUUUAAUCUAUUAGCACAAAUAGCAAAAAGAACAUCACUAUUGUGUUUAAACCUUUGGGCUUGGAGCCCACAUGGAAAUAUAUUUUAGCAUGCUGGUGAGGAAUAGUUUCUUAUUUCUUACAAUGAUUAAAUGAGAUUCAAAUUGAUCAGAAACAAAGCUGUCCAUUUGAUUGGAUGUUCAUCUCCAGCCUGAUGACCAAAUUUUUACACUUCACUAUCCAGUUAUUAGUUUGUGCUUCCCAACUUUGCAAGCAAACCUUCAGUCAUUCUGCUCUUUGCAUACUAAUGAUAUUUAGGCUAAAAUGGAAGUAUGCUACCGGACAAGGGGUGAAAUAUGUUCAUCCACCCUGGCUGCAUUUUAUUGUAGAUAGGAUUCUAACCCAGGAUACAUAAUCCUCAUUUUGCUGCAGAGCAGUUACUCACUUGUUGGAGUCAGUUGGGCAGGUAUUCUGUUUCACUGUUGUACUGUCGCCAGAGUGCUGCAUCCAGCUUUACAUUUAUUACAGCCCUUUGAGCAGACACUGGCAAAUUUUCAGAAGCAUUACUGACCAUUAUUGGCAAGCACAUUAUCAGGUGAUUGCAUGCCACUGGGAAGUUAAAUAUAAGGAAUUAGAAUGUGGAAGUUGGACAUGGAAGGGUGAGCCCCUUUUGAUAAUUGGAAAUGAACCUGUUUCUGGAGAUAAGCUGGGAAGUGAAUAUGCGUCGGAGGAAAAUGCUAUUGUAGAUUUUAUUUUUACACGGGGCUGGAGUCUAGCUGCAGUAUCUUAGUUUUUGACAACUGUCUUUCUAAUGCAGCUGGCUAGUUUAUCACUGUACUUACAAAAUAUUGUACCAGAUUCAGCUAAUACUUUUCUUGACACUUAUGCAAAGCUGGCUACUGGAUUGAACUUGAAGCUUAUAUAAAUUUACUGCCCCUCCAUGCAAUCUGUCUAGAUCUUUGGAGCCCAUUAUAUUUUGCAAAGAUUUUCCACGGACUCGGUGUUUACUGUAAAAUAAAAAUGCCAUAUGCCAUCGGUACAAAAUAAUAGGAUGUUAGUCUGGGUGUUUAAGAGUUCUAAAUCUGUUUUUUUUUGAAGCGUAAGGAAAAAGGUUAUUACUUUUCACUUCCCAGGAGCGUUGUAAUCACACUAUUGAGAAUUGAAAUGUUGUGAGGAGGUUGCAUACAACCAAUGUAGUGAUGUGAAAUUUGUGCAGUAUUAGAUGAAUUAAAGGUAAAACUAUUUUGUUGACUAAUGCUCUGUAUCAAAUUCUGGCUCAAAGGGUGUAAUGAAUCACUGUUGUUGUACUUUGUAUAAAGAGUCCAUUUAAUAAGUAUUUAUUACCUAAAUUAUUGUACUUUAUGAUCUGUAGAUAAGUAUGUAUUCAUAACCGCCAUGAAAAUUAACUGUAUCAGUUUCCAUUGGACACAUCAUUAAUUUAUUUCUGUAUAUACUGUAUGUUUGUUGAGAUACAGCUUACUUUAUUUUGUAUAUGACCAAUAAACACCUUUUAAAGUGA